GCUCUGGGGCUCAGUCACCAAAUUCUCAAACCCGUUUUACCAGACCUUUUUUUCCAUAUUGUCGUAUUCAUCAUGAGCACGGAUCCAAGUCGUGGAAGCACUGACGCGGAGGAGCGCGAAAUCAUGCCAGGCGUCUUCAUGACGGACUUUCGACGCCCGACCGCCAACAGUAGCAACAAUAGCAAUAAUAGCAGCAAUGCAGCGUCUUCUGAUGCUGGGCUGCAUGGUGAUGAGACGGAGACGGAGGAGCUCGAUCGCAUUGUGGCUGCGAUGGCUGACGCGGGCGAGCUCGCGACCGAGGUCGAGCUGGACCGCCUGCGCAACUCAAUCACGCAUCUGGUGCGGUCGAACAAGGAGCUGCACGAGUUUGAUCCGGACGGACGGGACGCAGAGCUCGUCGAGGCGAUCGUCGAGAACGUUGCCGUCAUUGCAAAGCAGCAGCGACUGAUCGCAGCGCUCGAAGACAUGCUGCUGCAGCGGUUUGGACGCAAACCCAGGUCACGGCGGCACCAGGAGAGCCACUACAGGGACGCGGCGCUGGCAGAGGCACUGCAGGCUGAUGGAGGAGCGCGCGAAGCUGCUGAGAAUGCCGCGACCUUGACACCGUCAUCGUCAGCUUCGGCUUCAGCGACGACGACAGCCACAGGGACCGAGCAGGCUCAACAGGUAGCGCAGGAUCAAGGUGCCUGGUUGUAGCGGAUGCGGCAGUCCGCGAUCCGAGUCCGUUGUCCGUUGCUCAGAGAACUCUGUUCUGCUCAGAAGCUCGCCUUCCUUAUUUGUACUUGUAAACCACACCAUUGAACAAAAUUCGCUAUUCACCACGU